AAUUAAUUUGGGUAGGGUAGGACCGUAUCAUAUCUUAUAGAUCAUGAAAUCACAUCGCAUUGAAGUUGAAGUUGAUUGUAUGUGUUGUGUGCGCGCGAGAAAUGGAGUCCCUCUGCUUCUCUGCGUUGGCGUUCCCAUCUUUGACUGUCAGAACUUCACCUUUCUCCAAAUGUCGCAUCAGGGCUUCGCUUGCCGUUGAGCAACAAACAUCGCCGACCAAGGUUGCUCUUCUCAGAAUUGGUACCAGAGGAAGUCCACUAGCUCUGGCUCAGGCAUACGAGACCAGAGACAAACUCAUGGCAUCACAUCCAGAGCUAGCGGAAGAAGGGGCUAUUCAGAUUGUGAUAAUAAAAACAACUGGUGACAAAAUACUAUCACAACCGCUUGCAGACAUUGGUGGGAAGGGCCUGUUCACAAAAGAAAUAGACGAGGCACUCAUAAACGGUGACGUUGACAUUGCCGUCCACUCAAUGAAAGAUGUUCCUACUUACUUACCUGAUAAAACAAUUCUACCAUGCAAUCUUCCACGUGAGGAUGUCAGAGAUGCAUUUAUAUCCUUGACUGCAGCUUCACUGGCUGAUCUACCCUCUGGAAGUGUUGUUGGUACUGCUUCACUCAGACGAAAGUCACAGAUACUUCACAGAUAUCCAUCUCUAAAUGUAGAGGAAAAUUUCCGUGGCAAUGUCCAAACAAGGCUGAGAAAACUCAGUGAGGGCAUUGUCCAAGCUACCCUAUUGGCAUUAGCUGGACUCAAGCGAUUAAAUAUGACAGAAAAUGUGUCUUCAAUCCUAUCAAUCGAUGAUAUGCUUCCAGCUGUUGCCCAAGGUGCAAUUGGAAUAGCUUGCAGAAGUAAUGAUGAUAAAAUGUCAGAAUACAUUGCUUCACUGAAUCAUGAAGAAACAAGACUAGCAGUUUCCUGCGAAAGAGCCUUCCUUGAAACUUUGGAAGGGUCUUGCCGCACUCCUAUUGCAGGCUAUGCUUGCAGAAAAGAGGAUGGCAAUUGCUUGUUUAGAGGAUUAGUUGCUUCCCCUGAUGGAACCCGUGUGCUUGAAACUUCCAGAAUUGGUCCAUAUACUGUUGAAGAUAUGAUAAAGAUGGGUAAAGAUGCUGGGGAGGAGCUUCUUUCUCGAGCUGGACCUGGCUUUUUCAGUCGUUGACAACCCAAAAUUAGAGGCCCAACAACACAAUACCUGAUCAGGGUACGUAGCUAUGGGAGGUGGGAGGUCGUAUGGUCAGCAUUUUUAGUUUACUACAUCCCAGGUUCGUCUAGCCUUCAACCGUGUUGUAAACUUGUAAAGACUAAAAUAUUCAGCUGAGUUAGAAAAGUGUUAGUGAGCCAUUCAUCCUGGUCAAAUUAUUGUAUCUUUUGGUGAUUAGAAAGCCAAUUUUUUUAUAGUGUAGUGUGUAUUAUUCCCACAAUAGUGUAAUGGGAGAGUUUGGUCGAGUGAUUGUUUUGUCCUUUCUUCCCGGAAUGGAAAUCUUUACAUUACACGGGGUAAUAUUCACAUCUAAAAUUAAUUUUCAG